GGGGUGUCGGCCCCCCGAAAACCCCCUGACCGCCCGGAUCCUCGGGACGUCCCUCUGCUCGAGGGUCCCCCCACAGCCCAUCCCGGCCCGACCCGGCCACGCCGGAAACCCCCCAGGCCCCCUGUGAGGGGACCAAGCCCCCUGAAGGAGCUGCUGAGGGCAGGGGGGGCUGGGCUGCACCCCACUAUCUGUGGGGAGUGCGGGAAAGGCUUCAGCCGGAGCUCGGACCUGGUGCGGCACCGCAUCACCCACACUGGGGAGCGACCGUUCACCUGCGGCGCCUGCGGGAAGGGCUUCAGCCAGAAUUCCAACCUGGCCACGCACCAGCGCAUCCACACCGGGGAGAAGCCGUUCGGCUGCCAGGACUGCGGGAAGCGCUUCGGGGAGAGCUCGGCGCUGGCGCAGCACCGGCGGACGCACACCGGGGAGCGGCCCUACAGGUGUGGGGAGUGCGGGAAGAGCUUCAGCGUCAGCUCCAACCUGCGGCGGCACCGCCGCACCCACGGCCGAGAGCCGCCCCACCUCUGCCCCGAGUGCGGGGACACUUUCUGGAGCCCUGGCCAGCUCCGGAGGCACCGCAGGGAGCACGUGGUGUGAGGGGGAGGAGGG